UUUGCUGCAUACCCACACUCCAACCAUCUCUCUUUCUCAUCUUUUGCCUUCCCUCCAAACAGAGACAGCGAUUCAAUGGAAACCAAUUCAUUGUCGAGAUGUUCAUUUGUCCUCUGCUUAAUUUUGUGUCUGGGCUUUGAGCUGGUCCAGUGUAGUGUGACAUACGAUAAGAAGGCCAUCGUCAUCAAUGGGCAACGAAGAAUUCUCAUCUCUGGAUCCAUACAUUACCCCAGAAGCACCCCUGAAAUGUGGGAAGAUCUUAUAAAGAAGGCCAAAGAAGGAGGACUAGAUGUUGUUGAGACCUAUGUGUUUUGGAAUGUUCAUGAACCUUCUCCUGGCAAUUAUAACUUUGAAGGAAGAUAUGACCUAGUUAGGUUCAUAAACACAAUUCAGAAAGCAGGGCUCUACGCUCAACUCCGCAUUGGGCCUUAUGUUUGCGCAGAGUGGAAUUUUGGAGGAUUUCCAGUUUGGCUCAAGUUUGUUCCUGGAAUCAGCUUCAGGACAGACAAUGAACCUUUCAAGAUGGCCAUGAAAGGGUUCACCGAAAAAAUUGUCAAUUUGAUGAAAAGUGAAAAUCUGUUUGAGUCCCAGGGUGGCCCCAUCAUCCUCUCUCAGAUUGAGAAUGAAUACGGUCCGCGAGGUAAAAUACUCGGAGAUGCUGGCCAUGAGUACAUGACUUGGGCUGCAAAUAUGGCUGUGGGGUUAGGAACAGGGGUCCCCUGGGUGAUGUGCAAAGAAGACGAUGCCCCGGAUCCUGUGAUAAACACAUGCAAUGGAUUCUACUGUGACACUUUCUCUCCCAAUAGGCCUUACAAACCAAAAAUUUGGUCAGAAGCUUGGAGUGGAUGGUUUACAGAGUUUGGCGGUCCAAUUUACCAGAGGCCAGUUCAGGAUUUGGCAUUCUCAGUUGCUCAAUUCAUACAAGUGGGAGGAUCAUUUGUUAAUUACUACAUGUAUCAUGGAGGGACUAAUUUCGGACGUUCAGCCGGAGGCCCUUUCAUCACUACCAGCUAUGACUAUGAUGCUCCACUUGAUGAAUAUGGUUUGAUCAGGCAACCAAAAUAUGGUCAUUUGAAAGAGCUUCAUAGGGCUAUCAAGCUAUGUGAACAUGCCCUAGUUUCAGCAGAUCCAACUGUGAUUUCUUUAGGGGGCUUACAACAGGCGCAUGUUUUUUCUCCAGAAUCAGGAGCUUGUGCAGCUUUUCUCUCGAACUACGAUACUAAUUCUACUGCAAGAGUCAUGUUUAAUAACAUGCACUAUAACUUGCCUCCUUGGUCCAUCAGCAUCCUUCCUGAUUGCAGAAAUGUAGUUUUCAAUACUGCAAAAGUUGGAGUUCAAACAUCACAGAUGGAAAUGGUGCCUAUCAAUACUGAGAUGUUCUCAUGGGAGACUUUUAAUGAAGACAUUUCUUCUCUAGACGAAAGCUCGACUUUCACUUAUCCUGGUCUCUUGGAGCAAAUAAAUGUCACUAGGGACCGUAGUGACUAUCUUUGGUACACAACUAGUGUUGAUAUAGGUUCAACUGAAUCCUUCUUCCAUGGUGGUGAACUCCCUACUCUAGAUGUGCAAUCAAGAGGCCAUGCUCUGCACGUGUUCAUAAAUGGACAGCUUUCAGGUUCUGCAUCUGGGACAAGAAAAACUAGGAGAUUCACAUUUUCAGAAAAGGUGAACUUGCAGCCUGGUCCUAACCGAAUUGCACUGCUCAGUGUUGCUGUUGGAUUGCCAAAUAUUGGGGGACAGUUCGAGACAUGGGAGACAGGAGUUUUAGGUCCAGUUGCAUUGCAUGGACUUGACCAAGGAAAAUGGGACUUGUCACGUCAAAAAUGGACUUACCAGGUUGGGUUGAAAGGCGAGGUCAUGGAUCUCGUCUCUACAAAUGCUGUUUCCUCCGUUGACUGGAUGCAAGGUUCGUUGAUUGCACAAAAACAGCAGCCCUUAACCUGGCAUAAGGCUUAUUUCAAUGCACCUGAAGGCGACGAGCCAUUGGCUUUGGACAUGGGGAGUAUGGGGAAAGGUCAAGUAUGGAUCAAUGGACAGAGUAUUGGAAGAUAUUGGCUUGCAUAUGCUAGUGGUAGUUGCAAUGGAUGCAGUUAUUCUGGGAGAUUUCGGCCUCCAAAGUGUCAAGUUGGCUGUGGUCAACCAACCCAGCGAUGGUACCAUGUGCCACGUUCCUGGUUAAAGUCGAGCCAAAAUCUAUUGGUACUUUUCGAAGAGCUUGGAGGGGAUCCCACAAGAAUUUCUCUGGUAAAAAGAUCAGUGACCGGUGUUUGUGCCGAUGUCACUGAGUAUCACUCAACCAUUAAGAAUUGGCACACUGAAAGCCAUGAAAAACCAAUGGAGUUUCACAAAGCCAAAGCUCACCUGCAGUGUGGUCCAGGCCAGUCCAUCUCUUCCAUCAAAUUUGCAAGUUAUGGAACUCCUUUGGGGACUUGUGGGAGUUUCCAGCAAGGACCAUGCCAUUCUCCUGCAUCAUAUGCCAUAUUAGAGAAGAACUGCAUUGGGCAGCAGAGAUGCUCCGUGACCAUAUCAAACAGUAACUUCAGGCAAGACCCAUGUCCGAAUGUGUUAAAGCGGUUAUCAGUUGAAGCCAUUUGUUCCCCCUAGGGCUUCCACAACCAUUCAACCAAAUUCAGAGAUUGAUUAGGUGAAGAGUGACACAAGUGCUCAAAAAUUAGACCAUCUGACUUAACAUACCUGCAAAAAAAAAAAAAAAAAGGCAAGGAAAGGAGAAUAAAGGGAAAAUUACUGGGAGGUUUAUAGGAUUAAUGAAUUCAAUUGUAAUUCUGGGCAGAAGAUUAUUCCAAGGCCGUGUUUUACAGGAGAUGGGUAGUUUCUAAUUUAACUGGUAGUUUGUAAAUUCUGUAAGUUCUGAAUUGAAGGCUCUCCAUUUGGAUUUCAAGCCCCUGUCCCGGCCUUUUAAUCGCGAAUGAAGGUUAGGGAAGAUGCAUGACUUGAUUGAUUGAUUGAUUGAUUGUAAAAUUUAAGGGAAAUCAAAUCCUUACUAGGUUCAUGUUAGGAGUGGAUCCUAGUAUGCCCAUCUCUUUCUUCCUCUAAUGUUGCAUUUCUUUGUGAUAAAUAAAAGGAGCUUAUGUCUUAAGAA